AUUCAGUGACAAGGAAAUUUAAGCAGAGAAGAAACUAUACCAGCGGAUAUGGAGAGCUACUCCGAUCACGGCAUCACUCUCCGGCCACUUCAAAUUGCAGACGCCGAUGAUUUCUUCAAAUGGUAUUCCGACGAAAAGGUGAGCCAAUUUUGCUCGUGGAAUACCUUCACCUCGAAAGAAGCCGCCGUCCAGUACGUCGCGCACUUCGUAAUCCCCCAGCCAUGGCAGCGAGCAAUUUGCCUGAAUAAUCGGCCGGUCGGAUGCUUAUCGGUGAGCCCCUUCCGUGGAGAAGACAGGUGCCGCGCGGAGCUAGGGUACGUGGUGGCGUCCGAUUACUGGGGGAAAGGAAUUGCGACUCGCGCGGUGCAGAUGGCGGCUAAUGCCGUGUUUGUGGAGUGGACGCAUCUGGAGCGGCUGGAGGCGGUGGUGGCGGUGGAGAAUCCGGCGUCGCAGCGGGUGCUGGAGAAAGUAGGGUUUCGCAGAGAGGGGAUUCUGAGAAAGUAUUAUCUGCUUAAAGGGAAGCCCAAAGACGUCGUCAUGUUCAGCCUUAUUUCUACCGAGAUGUAAACGAGCCGAACAGAGCGACUUUGUCAUAGGGGAUUACUUUGAGCUCGGCUCGCUAACGACUCGAGUUUGUGUUCGUUUGCUAAGAUAUAUGAGUUGAAAUUUUUAUUUGA